AUAAAAAAAACAAGCAAUUUAUCCCGAUCCACGAAAUCUCCAGGAUAUUCCCACCAGACGCGCCUUUUUACAGAAACCUCCUGGAGAUUUUUUAGCGGUCGGGAAGUUGCCAGAUUGAAAUUAAUAAAAACUAAUAAAUGACAGAUUCAAGUGAUUCAACCCGUCAACUGUCAAGUUCAAACUUGUUGUGUGCGAGUUGUUUGGAGUUGUUAAACUUUGUUUCUUAUUUUGAAUGUAUAGAAGGGAAACCUAACCUAUAGCAAAAUCGGAGAAUAGAGAUGACAAACAAAAGGACUUCGUCACAGCGGAGUAUCACGACGAGCCAGAAUAAGAAAUCAAAGUUGUUGGACAUUAGCACUUCAUAUUUACAUGUUUCGUUAAAAGAGAGUGGACUGAUUUUGAAACAUCCUCCAGAGAAAUGCGUAGCUGAAAAUGAAAUAAUCCAUGUUGUUCGAAGUAUAAAGAAGAAUCUUGAAAAACAUUUUGACUAUCCACGAAAUUUGUCUGAUUUAUUUUCUAACUUAGAGAAGGAAUGCAAUGUUUUGGAAGUUUUCAAACAUUAUUUAUUUCCAAAUAUUGUAAGAAUGUCCGAAGAUGGCUCUGAGGAAUUUCCGGUUAGCGAUAGCGUCAUUAAAAUACUGUUAAGUGUGCCAGCUCUUCAAAAUAAAUUAACUGACUACAUAUUUGAAAAAGCUAUUGAUUUAGCAGCGGACUCGAAGUGUGGACCAUGGAUACAAAUGAUAUUAAAAUGUUUUUCAUCCCUAGACAGUAUAGUAAAUACUGACAAAAUAUCCACGCAUCUCAUAAACUUAUUAGAUGUAGCAUCAGAGAAAAUGGUAAAACUAGAAAUAAUAACUGCAAUACCGGAUAUUAUUGGUGACCAGGAACAUGACAACAUAGCAGCUGAAAUGAGCAGAAUAUUAAGUGAAGACCAUGACUUGAUUCCUGCUAUAUUAGAUUGUCUAUCUUACCUUUGCUUAUCUGAUGAUCAAUAUGAACAGUUACAGAAGAAAACACUGAACCUUCUGAUGAGUCUUUCCAAAUGCAAUUAUUUCUCAAACUUUGUCAAAUUCCUGCUCAUUUCAGGAAGGAUGAGUGAUAAUUCAUAUUUAGAAGCAGUACAGGGACUCAGAAAUGCCUUAGGUUGGCCUACAACAGCUGCCCAGGCACAGGAAGUAGCCACAAGUCAAGUGCUCACAGCUACAGCCAUAAGAAACUCUAUGGUGGCAUCCAAAGUAAUUUCAAACUCAUGGUUAAAAUCUAUAUCUCUAUGUAAAGUGAGCACAGACCAUAAACCUAUUGAUUUUAUAAUACUUCUCAUUGCAUAUUCAACAUCAGAGGAAAAACAAAGAUUAGUAGAAAAUUUAAUAAAGAAACAAAUUAAACUGGAUAUUUUAAAAGAAGAGUUACUGGAUGAGGCUUUUAAAAUGUUUAAACCAAUACUAAAAGUGCAUUUGAGACAUUUAAUAGAUCUAUGUAACUCUCUUUUAAAAACCAAAGGUGAUUCCACUGUUGUAUCCUUUGCAUCACACAUGUAUUCUCUCAUGUUUGCUGAGUUGGAGGAUUGCUGUCAAACAAUUGUAGCUGAACUGUUGCAACUGGGAUUGGACUCUAAACAAUGUGUCAUGAGCAUUUUGCUUGUAUUCAAUAAGGUUGCUGCAAAAGACAGAUCUCUUUUGAAACCCCAGAGUGUCCAAAUGCUGACUUUAUUGGACAGAAUGGAUGAUAUGCCUUUAGUUGAAGUAAGAGCAGUUAUGAACUUACUGUGUGGACUCGCUUACAGCUAUGAAAACUCUGUUAUUAGAGAUGAUAUCCACAUGAUUAUAAGAAAAGAGCUGGGCUCAUCCAAUCCAAGAAUAAAAGUUCAAGGUAUACUUGCUGGUAUCCAUGCAGUAAAAUACCUGAUGGUUGCAAAUACAGAAGAUGAUGAAGAGACAAGAGAAGUUCCUGAUGAUGUAAGUUAUGGAUCAGUGACACAUUUAUCAGAAGGAGAUCUUCGUGAAGCAGCACAAAUUAUUGAACUCAUUAGCAGAAGCACCAGACAAUUUCCUGAUAUGAUUGCUUUCUUUUAUGAUGAAUUAUCUACUGUUAUAUCUUCAGCAUCACAUAUUAACAAAAACUUCUUGUCCUGGCUCACAGAUGCCGUCACAAAUGACCUCCAACAAAAUUUUAUUGUUGAUUCUAUUGAAGUUGAUACUAUUGGGGAUUUGAAGCUUUGCAUGGAAUAUUGCCUUAAUGCUGAAAGUGAAAUGGAUGAAGUUAUAGCCAUGAAUAUAGCAGGAUUGACUUUAUCGAACUCUGAAGUCUAUGUCGGCAUUUUGUCACCACUCUUUCAGCUUGUUCAGAUACUACAUUAUAAGCAGCAUGAAGGGAAUCUCUCUAGCAUUGAUGCACUAUUAGGGUGUCCAGUUGUUAUGCCCAAGUUUAAUAUCAUGGUUGAAGAUAUGGAUUUGACAGCAAUUACUAAUAUCUUAGACUGUCUAGUUCACUGUAUUAAUUGGUUCAGAGAAUUACUUAAUGCAUUUGCUUCCCAGGAUGAUGAGGACCUUAAAACAAAGAUUCUAAAAAGACUCCUUCAGGUGGAAGAGUUAGAAAAGAUUGUUACUGAAAUUCUUAUCAAAAGCAAGAUUUCUUACAAACCACCAGUUUGUACAUUUAAUGUCAAUAAAUAUACAGGAGAGACAAUUGAAAGAAAGCCCAUUAAAGUGCCAAGUGUUAAGCAAAAAGUCACAAAAAAACCUGGACAAAAUGAUUCUGUGUUGCCUGAGACUGCCAGGACCCAAACAACACAAAAUAAUAUUUCUGUUAAAUCUAGCCUUGAAAUAUCUCACAACUUGCCUCUUAGACAGCUUAGUAUUAACUUACUUCAUUUGUUGAAAAUGGAUAUGACAGAAGAUAAAGUAUCAGAAACUGAGUUAACAGUAAAUACAGUCACAUUUUUAUUAAAAUGUAUUAAUAGUAACCUGAGCAGUGUUUUGAUUUCAAAAAUAAAAAGAGUUACUUUUCUAAGUAAACAAGACAAUGUUGUGUAUGAUGCUACAAAGGCUGAAGAAUGUGCUAAAUCAGUAAAUGAAGUACUGCCACAGUUGGUGGAACACUUGAAGUUUGUUACGUUAUGUAUAGACAAGCACAUUACUCAGAACACACAAGAAGAAGAAAGAGAAAUUUUGUACACUCCAGAAUUGCUCAGCUACCUUUCAUGCUUGGAAUACAUUUACAACUUGUUUAGUACCUAUUUUAAGUGGAUGGGAUUUAGAAACCAACAACAUACUGGCUUACUCAAAACUUCGUUGAGAUCAAUUUCAAACCCCAGUACUGCAACUGUAUCUAUGAAAGAUUUGUUGGUAGCUACCGCGCAGUAUUUACAACAACAUGAAAAGUAUUGCCUACUGCUAUCCACAGCUGUAUCGUUAGUAGAGUUUGUCAAGAGUAUUCGAAAUUUCUCUGAUAAUAGGGUUAUCUUCAAUAUUCUAAAAUCCUUAGCCAGAAAGUUCCUGUCUCAACAAUGGAAAACUCCUGAAGGUACAUUAGAAAAAGGACUGUUUUUCAAUCAAAGUGUGGAUCAAUUAGCAUCUAUUUACUUUAUAAACAGCGAAGUCCUUGCUCUUAAGAACUUAACUUUAUUAUUGACACAGGACAUUAAGUUACUGACAACAAAUAAAAAUACUUUGAGUACACUAAAGUGCAUCAAUAAGAGCAAUUUUCCAAUUUUGUAUCGCAAUCUAGGAACAGCCCUUUACGAGGCUACCAGGACCCGGUUAGAUAAGGGUUUGACUAAUUCUGAACAUUUAGAUCUGUGGAAAGAUGUGGCUGGUAUCAUGAAGAGCAUGUCUGAUAUUGCCAAGACACUCGAAACCAGACACACCUUAUCAGCGUUUUUUAAGAAAUCUAUGCCAAUCCUGAAACUAUUUUUGUCGCAAGGAAUACCAAUAUUGGAAAUUCAAUUUAAAAGCGAGACCGUGGAGGUAUUAGAAGUUUUGAAAGUUCUUCAGCAAUCGACUAGAUUCUUACAGACAUUGUGCUGUCAUUCAAGGCUGAAAAAAGACACUGCGCUGAUGAGUAAAGUCCCACACAUGAGGCAGUUACUAGAAACACUAAUUUACAAGGUAAAGGCAGCUUUAGCUGCGAAUAACUGUUCUGAGGCGUUUUGGAUGGGUAAUCUUAAAAAUAAGGAUAUACACGGCGAAGUAAUAGCCUCUCAACAGAGCAUUGAAAGUGAAGAGUCGGUCGAGGACUGUGAUGAACAGUUACCUGACGACGAUAGUGAUGGAACGGACGAUGAGAUGCUUAAUCCUGAUUCAAGGAGUGUCAGUGAUAUUGUGUAAUUUGAUUCAGAAUAAAAUAUUUUUAAAUUA